AUGUUUUCAAUUUUCGUUUAUGUUUUCAGGGAAAUUUUGAGUUUAGCAUCCUUGCAGAACUGUCCGUCACAGCUAGUGUUCAACAAUAGGAGCAGAUAUUGUGUCUAUCCAGAGAGCUGUUCUCGAGAUGGUGAAGUCAAUACACUCCCAGUCACUCUGGAAGCUCUAUCUACGAGUGUCGAAUGUGAAGGAAAGAAGGAAGGCUACUAUGCAAAAGAAUGUUCAUCAGAAUUUGUAUAUUGCAAUGACGAGGGUGUUGCUACCUAUAUGGUAAUGUCCAGACUGGCUGUAUUGGAGUAUUGUUCCACACUUCCCGGUGGUGAAUAUGGAUCACAGUGCUCACCUACGUUCACUCUGUGUUCCAAUGGAAUCUCCUACUCUAUGAAAUGUCCUGAGAAUCUUGUGUUUGACCCAAAAAACAGUCGAUGCACCCAUGUUCAUGAAUCUUCACUUGGCUUUUUCGGCACUAAAAUGUUCUAUGAAUGCAUCAACAAGUCUGAUGGGCUUCAUUCUCUCGGAUGCGUUUCUGUAUUCCUCCAAUGCUUGAAAGGAGUAGCCUAUAACCUCUACUGUCCAACUGGUUUAGUGUUCGUCGGGGAAAUCGGCGCUUGUGACAUCCCAUCUACAUGUUCACAAAACUCGAAACAUAAAGAAGCGAAUGCGCCUACUUCAUAUGCGGCUGUCUUUAGCAAUAACACUGAUGAGUGUGAUGUUGACGGAUAUUUUUCACGAAAAUGUAGUUCUGAGUACUUUAACUGUGUUGGUGGGAAGAAGUUUGUUGGAAAAUGUCUUAAUGGAAUGGUAUUUAACUUGGAAAAAGCCUAUUGCGACUACCCUGAAAGCUGCCUUCGAGGAGAGUUAGACUCGAAUCCCGCUGCACAAUCCGUUCCCACAACUAUCAUAGAUCGAGGUAAAAUAACCUGCUCUGGCUUUACUUCUUCCUCAGUGCUUGAUUAA